CACCUUUGGACCCAUGACAACCGCAGCGCCACCUUCGCCAGCUGACUGUAUCGAGUUCACUCACUCCGCUUACAGGCUCCCUGCUUUUGUCUUUUUCCUACUCUGUUUUAUGAAGCGGUGACAUUUGUGAGAAAUGAAGCCGAGUACGCGGCACAUCCUGCUGCUGUGGAUGCUGGUGUGCUCCGGCACGACGCAGGCGAUAGAGCCCAUUAGCACCACCAUAGCUGUCGGCAUGGCUGCGGCUCUCACCGGGAUUUUAGCUAGGUAUCAGAACCUUUUUUACUAUUUCCACGAGUGCUGCCGACCAGAGUGGAUUUCUUUCAACAAGACAGGUCUCCGAAACGACCUGGAUACCAAACUCUUUGGGCAGCACAUCGCUUCACGCAUCAUCUUAAAAGCUGUGAGUGGAUUCAUGAGCAAUGAGAACCCGAAGAAGCCCCUGGUGCUCUCCCUGCACGGAUGGACGGGCACAGGGAAGAACUUUGUCAGUAAGCUGAUUGCUGAAAACAUUUACAAGGAGGGAAUGGACAGUAGCUUCAUUCACGUGUUCACAUCCACACUUCACUUUCCACAUCAAAGUCAAAGUGCAACCUAUAAGUCUCAGUUACAGCAGUGGAUCAAAGGCAACGUCACAAACUGCGAACGCUCCAUGUUCAUUUUUGACGAGAUGGACAAGAUGCAUCCCGGCUUGAUCGACAGCAUCAAGCCCUACCUGGACUACUAUGACAAGCUGGACGGGGUUUCUUACCGCAAAUCAAUCUUCAUCUUUCUCAGCAAUGCUGGAGGGGAGAGCAUUAUACAGACGGCGUUAGAUUUCUGGAAACAAGGGCGAGAUCGAGAAGAGAUUGAGCUCAAAGACCUGGAAACAUCGCUCUCUCUGUCAGUGUUCAACAACAACCAAAGUGGCUUUUAUCGUACGAAUUUGAUAGACAAGAACCUGGUGGACUUCUUCGUCCCUUUCUUGCCUCUGGAGUACCGACACGUCGUCCAGUGCGCCAUGGCCGAGAUGAAAGCCAGAGACAUCAAGCCAGACCAGGACGUGGCAGACAUGGUGGCCAGAGAUUUGGUGUAUUUCCCCAAAUCUGAGAGGGUUUUCUCUGUGAAAGGCUGCAAGACGAUAGAGAGCAAGCUGGACUACUACACAUAAUGUCAGCAUCUGAUGGAUGCCGGGCUUGGUCACUAUGUGCACUUUUUUUCCCCUGAGGAAAACACUCAGCCAAAAGACUAAAGAGCUGACUCAAGAGGUCUUUGUGACGGUUUCUGUGUCUGGCCUUGUGGUCAUGGAGAUGAUAUCAGGAGGCCUUCUGUAGUGUUACAUUUCACUCGCACUGAAUGAAGGGCUGAUGAAGAGCGCAGUGCCAGCUGAAUGAAACAUUAAUAAGAAUGAAAUACUUUGCAUUGCAACUGAUCAAGGAGCUUGAUGUCUGCUUUUAUGUCGCAAGAGUCUCAAAGAGAGUUUUUCCUGAGAGCUUCUUGGUUAUUAAGGGUGUCCUUCAGUCAGUGAAACUGUCAUUGUGGUGCAUUUGUUUUUAUGAAUGUGUAAUGCAUCCAUAUAGAUUACUGGAAAACACCUGCCUUACUACUUCAUUUUAAAUUCUUUUUAGUACUUUUAAAGUUUUUUGUUUUUGUUUUUUUUACCCACUGGUCCACUGUACAUGUAAUUCAAUUAAGUCAAGGGAGGACUUUGUAGGUGAGAUCAUCACAGUGAAGCUGUUAUAGAAAAGGAUUACUGUGCAGUCCAAAAAGUAAUGACGCAGAAUAGUUUUACAUGUGUCAUAUUAAAAUUAACAUUUGCAAAACAUGUGUGCUACUGUUAAUAUCUUAAAUUAGCUUCAUGUGAUUCAUUGCAAAUAUAUAUGAUAAUAUAUUCUGAAUAUGUUUGUAAUGCAUGAAUAUAAUCCUACUUGAAAGGACACCACAGACUUUUUUUUUUUGGCAUCACUGCAGCUGCAAUUGGGCCCUGCAUAAACUCAGGAUUUUUAUUAUUGUUUUUUUUUGGAUAAUUCAACAAUGUGGUUGUAUGUGACUGGUUAUCUUAUUUUGAUUUAAAGAAAGUAAAAAAGUGAUUCCCCUCAUAGCACCAAUACUGUCUGGGAGAGAUGAAAGGAAGAGCAGGGAGCAUGAGAGCAUACACUUGUGUUAGCGUGGCACUUUCUACAGGAGGAAAUGAUCUGCUGGUUCCCCAAAAUCUGACACUUUGUUGGGUUUUUUGAAAGCAUUUCAAGGAUCUUUUUCAUUUUCUGCACAUCUCUGAUUCUGAGAUAAUUGGUGCUUAUGGAAACUUACCUUACCAAGCUUCUUGGCUGUAAACACCACCAGAGUAGCAAUGCACAAAUAAAAUAUCCAGUUUUCUUUGUGGGACUGUUUUUUCUGCUCCACAUUUGGUUAGAACAUAGGCACAUGGCAGGACACAGUGGUAUACAGAUUGUAUAAGGAGUAUCUGAAAGCCGUGCAGAAACCAAUUAAAACAGCUAAAUGUUAAUUGUUGCAGUACUCGUUAUUAAAAAAAGACAAAACGUUAGUGGUUAAGCCGUCUACUUGCAAGGUCUUUAUGAAGUCAUCAUUCCUUAAUGAAAGUGGUUUGACUUUUUAAAGCAGGUGGUCUAGGCCAUGAGUUGCGUAAUAAUCAAACAACUUGCAAAACCCGACCGUGCAAAGUCUAAAUGAGUGAACCUGAAAUAAAGGAGCAACGUGAUAUACAUUGCAGUAAGACCUUGCUCUUGUGCCAAUAUAAAGUCUAGUAAAAUGUGAAGCUAAAAACAUAUUACAGAGCAAAAAUCAUUUUUUAUUGAAAGAAUUAAGCACUGCAAAAGUAAAGUGUGAUGUCAACAGUUUGAGGAAUAUUAACUAAGCUUUAUGAUGCAUAUGUGCAACUUUAUAUAGCAACAGACUUACAAAAUUUCAGAGUUCAAAGUAUGUGUCCCAUUUCGUGAACUAGAGACAGACUAAUAGUGAGUUUUGAAAUAAAUCUUUAUUUAU